AUGGUCCAGCAAAUCCCCCAAGCCUCCCGUCUCACUGACCUCUUCAGCCUCAAGGGCAAGGUCGUCGUCGUCACUGGCGCGUCCGGACCCCGCGGCAUGGGCAUUGAGGCUGCCCGCGGCUGCGCCGAGAUGGGUGCCGACGUCGCCAUCACCUACUCUUCCCGCAAGGAGGGCGCCGAGAAGAACGUCCAGGAGCUCGUCUCUGACUACGGCGUCAAGGCUCAGGCCUACCACCUCAACACCACAAACUACGACGACGUUGAGAAGUUUGUGAACCAGGUUGUUGCCGACUUUGGCAAGAUUGACGCCUUUAUCGCCAACGCUGGUGCUACCGCCGACGCCGGUGUCAUUGACAGCUCCGCCGCGGACUGGGACCACGUUAUCCAGGUCGACCUCAACGGCACCGCCUACUGCGCCAAGGCUGUCGGCGCCCGCUUCAGGGAGCAGGGCCACGGCUCCUUCGUCAUCACUGCCUCCAUGUCUGGCCACAUCGCCAACUUCCCCCAGGAGCAGACGUCGUACAACGUGGCCAAGGCUGGCUGCAUCCACAUGGCCAAGUCCCUCGCCAACGAGUGGCGCGACUUUGCCCGCGUUAACAGCAUCUCUCCCGGCUACAUCGACACUGGCCUGUCCGACUUUAUCGACGCGAAGACGCAGGAGCUUUGGAGGAGCAUGAUCCCCAUGGGCCGCAACGGAGAUGCCAAGGAGCUCAAGGGCGCCUACGUCUACCUGGUCAGCGACGCCAGCACUUACACCACCGGUGCUGAUAUCGUCAUCGACGGAGGUUACACCUGCCGGUAG